AUGUUCAGCCUGGGCGUGGACGGGGACGACGCGGUGGUGGAGCAGCACGCAGUGUCGCGGCAGCUCUCGCAGUUCCAAGACCGCAUUAUGCAAGAAGACGAAGAGCCUUCGCCGCGCGGCGAAGAACACACGCCGUUGAUAGCUUUCUUGACUACGAAGUUGCUGCGGACUUCUUUUUCCCUCAAGGCCCUUUCUAUGGCGCUUAUGUCUUUGUUUUUUUUGGGCUUUGGCGGCCGCUGGGUCUUCACCUUCCACUCCCACCCCGACAUGUCCAACGGCUUCCACUUGUCUAUGGCGCUGCUCAUGCUGCUGCAGCUCGCGGGCACUCUCGGCCUGUGCCUCUUCCAGGCCUUCGUCGCCGACGACUCCAAGUGGACCAAGGGCUUUCGGACGGGCAGCAAAAUCCUCUCUGCUGCUGUCACUCUGGAUUUGUUGACAGUGAUGCUUCGUCUUGGAGAAUAUUUGUACCUUUACAACAGCCUUAGCACUCUGUGGUGGUCCAAGUUCAACAUCACCAAGUCCGACUGGGUGAUCUUUGCUGCAGCCAACUUGCUGGACUCCAUAGCCCUCAUCUCUUACGGCUGGGCUCUCUUCUAUAUAGAGUGUUACCACGACGAAGGCACUUCUGAAGAAGUGGCCUGGUCCAUGUUGGCGCUCUUCUCCCUCGCGGGCCUCUCCAUGCUCAUCAUGAUGUUCACGGGCUACGGCGCUGUGUUCAUGCUGCUGUUCACUGCGGGGGCCUACGCCGUGUCUUGUUACUGGUCUUUUAUGUUUGAGCCGUUGCUGCUGAAGUGGGCCCCGCAGCUGCACUCGCGGGACAUCAACACGGACAUAAUGCCCACGGACUCGAAGCCGCAGCAGCAGGGCCAGUACCAGCCAGCAGCAGAGUUCGCCCCCGAGCAGCAGCAGCAGCCCCAGUUCAUCAACACUCAGUCCUUUUCUUCUAUGCCCGGCGCAGUCCAGGCUACAGCAGACAUCCCCACGCAGUAUGACUACGCCCAGCUGCAGCAGCAAGUCUCUCAGGGCAUUGAGAUGGGAGUUGUCAACCCCUCUUACCAGUAG